AUGUCUCAUCGUCAUCCGCUUGAAACAGAGGUUCUCACUGCUUUGUAUCACUAUCUCUCCAAAAAGAAUAAGCAUUUGGAAUCAUGUCCGUGCGUGAUUGUACCUCAAACCAUUGUGUAUGAGCACAACUUUCCUACCGUUUGGUAUCAACAAACAGCAAACAAAGAAUUCAAAAAAAAGAGCGGAAAAGAGUUGGAAACAAAGGCGAUCAUGAAUGAAUUUACUCGAAACAUAGUCAUGUCAAGAAUAGGAGCAACCACUACAACAACAGGAGAGCAAGACCCCUCAGCUUCUGCAGCUACAACUCAACCACCAGCUCAAACUGCUGAUCCGAAUAAUCCAUCGGCUGGGUUGGCCUCAAACGAUCAAAAUGUAAUGAUGAAUGACAACCAUCAUGGCAUUGUUGCUCAAUUUAUUUCUCAAACAGAGGAUGAGAAAACAGGAGAAAUUAUUAACAAUGUUGAAUUUCUUGAUGUAGAGACUUUGGAUGACUUUCUGUUCAAAAGAAAGAAAAGAGAUAAAGGAAUUUUACAACAAUUCAUAACUCCAAAGGGUCCGUACAACUUUGUCAUUCAAGCAAUUUGGUCUCCUCAUGUCACCAAAAUUGAAAGACGUGUAAAUAUUCAUAGAAUUACAGAUAGAAAGAAUUACACUCCUUAUGAAAGAGCUGUUACUUACGAAGGUCCUAGUCACUACAGUAAUGAAGUUUUUUGCGCUCCUCAUUUAGAAAAAAGAAAUUAA